AUCAAGAAGAUGAAGAUUAAAAAUUGCUACUUCCCACUGUUCGUCUCUCCUGGUGUUUUGGAGAAGGAAAAAGAUCACAUUGAAGGUUUUGCCCCUGAGGUAAGUUUAUAUGAGCGCAUUUAUUUUAUUGAGCAAUAGCUUUCAAAGGAAUGCUGGCUUUGUUGCUAGUUUGGACCAGGUCGGCAGAGCUGUUAUUAAAUUUUUAUUGGGGGUUUUUAUGCUCAUUGUUGAACUUUUUGGAGGUGCCUAUUGCUAUUCGUCCCACUAGUGAGAUUGUUAUGUACCCAUAUUAUUCAAAGUGGAUUAGGGGACACCGUGACUUGCCUCUAAGGCUGAAUCAGUGGUGUAAUGUUGUUCGUUGGGAAUUUAGCAAUCCUACUCCUUUUAUCAGGAGUCGUGAAUUUCUCUGGCAAGAAGGCCAUACAGCUUUUGCAACACAGGAAGAGGCAGAUGCUGAGGUUCUUGAUAUAUUGGAACUCUACCGACGAAUAUAUGAAGAAUUUUUGGCUGUUCCGGUGGUCAAGGGCAAGAAAAGUGAAAUGGAGAAGUUUGCAGGUGGAUAUUACACGACAAGUGUUGAAGCAUUUAUUCCAAACACUGGACGUGGUGUUCAAGGUGCAACCUCACAUUGUUUGGGUCAAAAUUUUGCAAAGAUGUUUGAAAUCACUUAUGAAAAUGAGAAAGGAGAGAAGGCAAUGGUGUGGCAGAACUCAUGGGCAUACAGUACCAGAACGAUAGGGGUUAUGGUGAUGACACAUGGUGAUGACAAAGGCUUAGUUUUGCCACCUAAAGUAGCAGCUGUCCAAGUCAUUGUGGUGCCUGUUCCUUUCAAAGAUGCCGAUACACAAGGAAUUUUUGAUGCUUGUGCUUUUACUGUCAAAACUUUGAGUGAAGCAGGCAUUCGGGCUGAGUGUGAUCUUAGGGAUAACUAUUCUCCAGGUUGGAAGUACUCACACUGGGAGAUGAAAGGUGUUCCAUUGAGGCUUGAGAUUGGACCAAAGGAUUUGGCCAAUAUAUGCAUGUCUCUUUCAAAAAGUUGUUAUAUUUCAUGAUCUAUGUAUUUCUUAUCUAAAAAUUACUAUUUUUGGUUUAUCCGAUCAAUGGUUUAUGUGAUGGUACGGAGAAUUGUUG